GGGUUUUAAACAGUAAUCCCCCUUGUUCACUUGUCUUUAACCCGAAUUAAACUCCCAAAAAACAAAACUGCAGUUUAUUUUCUCUCUCGGUCUCGAUGGAGCACAGUAAGGAGGAUCAGGCUAAGUCGGAGGAUCAGAAAAUCAAUAAGGCACAAGAUCCAAAUCCGAGAUUUGCUAGCGAAGGUUGCAGCGUGUUGCUGGACGUGAACGAUGGAGACCGUCUCGUCUUCGCUCGUCUCUCCGGUGGCGCUAUAUUUAAAAUCGGGAAUACGAAUUACUCGUUGAAGCCAUUGAUUGGAGCUCCGUUUGGAUCUCUGUUCCAAGUCGAAACCGGAGAAGAUGGCUCUUUCCUCUCUCGCAUUCUUCCCGUCAAAAAAGAAAGCACCAGCGUUAAUGUUGUAGACGAUGAUGCUAGAGAUAAUAGGGAACUUAUCGACGAUAAUGAAUCUCAAAACCUCACCUGUGAAGAGAUUGAAGCUAUGCGGAGAGAGGGUGCAAAAGGAGACGAGAUUAUUGAAGCACUGAUUGCAAACAGUAAAACAUUUGACAAGAAGUUUCAGUUGUCUCAGGAAAAAUAUAAGCUUAAGAAGCAGAAGAAGUAUGCCCCAAAGGUGCUUCUAAGACGCCCUUUUGCUCGAAGUAUCUGUGAAGCUUAUUUCAAGAAAUAUCCAGCCAGAAUCGGAUUCAUACGUGUAGACGCGUUAUCUCUUUUGUUAACGAUGGCUAACGUCACCGCAUACUCGGACGUGCUAGUGGUGGAUAUGGUUGGUGGCCUUGUCACUGGUGCAGUGGCUGAACGUUUAGGAGGCACUGGUUAUGUUUGUAAUACAUAUAAAGGGGAUUCCCCUUCCUCUGUGGAUAUGGUUAAGAUGUUCAACUUUACCGACAAGAUUAGAGAGAGGAUCGUGCAUUCAUCUAUAAACGAGCUCUCAUCAGCCAAAACUGCACCCCCUGAAGAAAACAAUCAACAAGACUCAUCUGCAUCUGAUAUGGUAGAAGAUGUAUCUGUGACAGCUGAGGCUAGAGUAGAUGAUAUUGCUGUACGAGAGAGCAAAAUUACCAAGGCCCCACAACCUGGAGCCAAAGCUUCUAAAGAAGCAGUAGAAAUGUGGAAAGAAAACGGUUUCUCUAGCUUAAUCAUGGCAGCACAAGACCAAGACCCAUGGACUUUAGCUAAAGAUGUAUUGCCACUGCUCUCCUACUCUGCUCCCUUUGCAAUAUAUCAUCAGUAUUUACAGCCUCUGGCGACAUGUAUGCACAACCUUCAGCAAGGGAAGAUGGCCAUCAAUCUACAAAUAACAGAACCAUGGCUACGCGAAUAUCAGGUGCUUCCAUCAAGAACUCACCCUCACAUGCAGAUGAGCUCUUUUGGAGGCUAUGUUCUUAGCGGCAUCAGAAUCUCCACCACUUGAUUCUCAUCUCCAAACCCCAUUCUUCUCUUUAUCAUUUUCAAGAACUGAGGUUUGGUUUUUUUGUAUUUUGUUUGUUGUUGAGAUAUAUAGGAAAACAUUCAUCUUGCGACUCUUAUAAAAUUAAUAACACACUGUUUUGUUUUUGCUUCAAUGAAAUGUGUACAAUAUUCUUCUUA